AUGGCGGCCGAAGAAGGUCUGUGGCAACGUUUGGUGAUGUGCCAGAAUCGGCUCGCCACCUCGAGGUUUCUCGGUGCGUUCAGUCCCGAAGCUCGUGAAGUGGCUUCCGAUGAUGUUCGUCCGGGGGUGGCAGCUUGCCGAUUUGAGCCCGGUGCAUCGGCGACAGAGCUUGAGCUGAUCAAUUGGCGCGACAUGUGUCGACAGCUUAACAUGUCAAUGGCAGAGGCUCCAUGGGCAUACGAGCUGUGUGAGGACGGAUGUAGUGCAGCCUUGUGGACCGAGCUGACCGACGACGCUGCGAUCCCAGCCGCCUCCUCUUCAGCUGCCCAAGGGUCGAACAACGUCGUAUUAGCGUCGCAGUCUCCUCAUUUAUUUUGGAUAGGGGGCGAUCGAAUGCUGGGCAUCGCCGGUGGUUAUUCGCCCGAUGUGGUCGGUGGAGCUUCACUUCAUCCUCUGCGCGAGGUCUACCAGUUGGAUUUGCCCAACGUUUCGGGUCAUGGCAGCCGAUUGACGCGGCCUGACUUGCAGGUGCGGCGCUUGGAUUGCGGCACGGCAGGGGGCAAGCUUCCUCACGGCCAUCCAUCGAUGAACGGGGCCGCCAGUGACUUUGAUCCGCAUCGAAAAACCAUAUUCUUUUUUGGUGGGGGCGCCCCGCAUUCGGAUGUCACAAAUGCAACGACAGCGUUGCGUUUAGACGGCUGGGAGGGCGAGUCUCCGAGUGCCAUCUGGCAGCAGAUUACGACUCAUGGAUCUGUCGAGUCGGGCCAAAUUCCGAGUGCCCGGCAAGGUCUCAAAGGGACUGUCUUCAAUGACGAGUUCGUCAUAUUUGGGGGUCGUAUGUUGGGUGGACGAUGCACCAACGAAGUCUGGUCGCUGGAUCUGGGUCCCGACACAGGUGCCAGCGGGUCAACAGACCUGUCAUGGAGGCCAUUGGAAUGUGAUGGGCAAAGUCCUUCUCCUCGAGUUUGGCAUGGAGCAUGCCAAUUGGUGCACGGCCAAUGGUUCAUAUAUGGUGGAAGUACCUGGCAGUUCGAGGAGCCCGAUCAACCACACGACUUCCGCACCCUUUUCAUCCUACACCUGGCGGCGAGGCGCUGGUCCUCAGUACACCACGCCCCCGGUCCUGAGCCGCCGUGGGCAGUUGCGGCCGCCCUGGUUCCGCUUGGCUGCUGCCAGCUGCUGCUGCUGGGUGGGACGUUGCCCCACAAGCUGGGCAGCCAGGGUCUCAAUGCCCAUAGCUUACGCCAAUGGCGAACGUGGUACAGCCGACUAGACGAGCCUUUUGUCUUUGAUUUACGGACCAAGAAGUGGAACCAACAUCAUGCGGCAGUCGCAGCCACGUCCCAAGACCUUGAGCAGCACGUUGCGGAGGUGUACUUGCGAAGCCAUUUUCCGGCAUGCUUCAUUCCACAUCGGCGUUCCGUGAUCGCUUUCGGUGGCUCUCGCUACUUCACAGGCGAGUACUUCAACGAUGUGCUGGAGCUGCAGCUUCCCUCUUGCAAGCAUGGGCCAAGAGCAGCAUUGCUUGGCGAAGGUCGUCGGCAGGAGUCACGGCAGCCCUUGUGUGCAGCAUUUCAGGCUCCAGCGGCGCUGCCUCGACAUUUGCAAGUCGCAGACGGCCGUGAGGCCAGUCUUACACGGGGCUUCCUCGGGCGCCUUCGCGGAAUGCUCCAGGAUGGCAUCAUCAACCAGGAGCAGUUCGACAUGAUGCGCUCCCCGACAUGA